AUGGCGCGCUUGAACUCCUGCCUGGCUCUCGCGCUCUGCUGCAGUGUCUUGCUGCUAGCUGCUCUCGGGGGAGGCGUUGCUGCUGCUGCCUCGGACUCCCGGAGUCUUCGAAGACCUUCAGGAGCUGUUAAAGACGCAGCAGCAGCAGCAGCAGAUGCUGCUGCUGCUUCCACUGCUGCUGCUUCCCCCGCGGACGAGUUCUCGGAGGCCGAGGGCGACGACGGCACAGAAGGGCCGCGCCGCAAGCGCCGCAGGCAGCAGCAGCAGCAGCAGCAGCAGCAGCAGCCAGAUGCAGAAACUCGGAGAAAAUAUGGCGAAGUCCUCAAGGAGCUGCAGGAUGACCCCAGAUAUAAAAGAGCAAGAGAUGCAAACAAUGCAAUGGCAGACCAGCGGGCUCGGCGAGUGAACCAGUUGAUUAAGCAGCAGCAGCAGCAGCAGCAGCAGCAGCAGGAGUACCGGCAGCAGCAGCAGCGGUUUAAGCGUAUUUGA